AUGUCUCUUAAUCUUGGUGUGCAUUAUGGCUUUGCUGGACGCUAUCAGCUAUGGAGUUGCAGUACAUCUCAAGGUCUAAAAUGGAACAAAGUAGACAUAACCGUCCAACUUAUUCAUUUUGAUCCUGUAGUUAAUGUAUACAUCGAUGCUUCAGUUAGUGGAGAUGCAACAAUCGCCAUUGGAAACAUAGCAAAGGCUGGAGACGGUUCUAAGGAGAAACAAUGCCAAUCAAGAUUUGGGAAUCCGACAACGUCGUUAGAAUUCUCUACCACUCGACGAAUACCACCAGGAGGUACUACAUCAACAUUUGUGAGCAGUAGUGGUAAGCCUAUUAGUAUAUUGAACACAAACCACCACUCGAAACCGACCAUAACGACUGAUAUCCUUCAAGAUAGAAAUUAUGGGACAACAGAUUCGAACGGCAAAAAUAACAGUGUAAAAACUGAUGAAUGGUCGCAACAAAAAAGUCAUAAAUUUAAAAGAGGAGCAGUUAUUGGAGCUUCAGUCGCUGCUGGUGUUCUUGUGGUAGCUUUGACUGUAUUUAGUAUUUUUAUGUUCAAACGGAACAAAAGAAUGUGGAAUAUACAAAAGGCAACAAACCACGAAAUUGAAACGCCUUAUAAAGGUUUCGUAAAUCAGUUGGGAAGCUGA